AUGUCUGACUUUGGCGACGACGAUGUCGGUGGUGGCGGUGACGACACCAUCUUCGAGGAAGAAGACGCGACCGAGUUCUUCGAGCCCGAGGCCGGCGAGGGCGACGACGACCAGGACCAGCUGGAGAAUGGCGAGGACCAGGACAACAUUGUCGUCUCGGGCGACCCUUCUGCGGCCGCCAACGCGAGUCGCGCCGACAAGUCGAGCAAGGACAAGAAGAUUCCCGACGAGGAUCGCAAUACGACACCAUACAUGACAAAAUACGAGAGGGCGCGUAUCCUGGGCACCCGCGCCCUGCAGAUUAGCAUGAACGCUCCAGUUCUGGUAGAUCUGGAAGGCGAGACGGAUCCCUUGCAGAUUGCCAUCAAGGAGCUCCGUGAAAAGAAGAUUCCUCUGAUUGUGCGACGAUACCUGCCGGAUGGCUACUACGAGGACUGGACUUGCGAAGAGCUGCUUCAGUAG